AUGCAGCAAAAUCUGAUCUGGACGGCCCUAGCGGGCGUGUGGAUUAUUUUGAUUGUCAGCCAAGCGAAAGAACAAUUUUAUUACGACAAUAGAACGAUAGAAACCGCGAUAAAUUAUCCAAUAACUCACGAUGAAUCAGUUUCGCCACCAUAUGAUUUGUCAUCCAGUUCGUCGAUCGCAUUAACCAGCUCACCGACUCGGAAUUCCAUUACCGUUAAAAGCUACCGUGUUAAUAUAACUUUGAAAACGCGUAAUCAAAUUUUCAGCGACACAUCAAAUUCAUUCGUUGAAAAAAUCGCGAUUCAAACCACAGCGAAUCCCAGCGAUAAAUUAAACGUGUUAUCAUACGCAUGGGUGAAUAAAUUUAAAACAAUUGACAGCAACCCAAAAACAACUCCUGAUGGUAUAAACCAAGAAAUGACCACGAUAAAAACUAAUUUUAUUGAAGCACCAAUGGACAUUUCUUCUGAGGUUAUUGCUUCGAUAAAAUCUUCCGAGCAACCGCAUCUGAUUCAAAGUCAUGAGAAUGUGCUCCAAGUUCCCGUCAAUAAAAUCACGCAUUCAGAAAGUAAACUCAAAAGUUAUAAAGAUAAAAAUGAAGCUGAAAAUAACAAUGAAUUCAAUUCUGUAGAUAAACAUGUUACAGAAACGUCAGAAAUGCAUAGUGCAUUAUUUUUAUCAAAAAAUGAUGAGCAAAAUGAGGAUUUAUCACCGGAAACUUAUACUGAGCUACAAGACCCGACUGUAAGUGCUAACAACACCUUAAAAAAGUUUAAGGAAGCAGAAAAUGAGCAUCAGAAACAGAAAAACAGAGUAUUGGGGAAUUUGUUUGGAAAGUUAGUACGUGAUAAACCGCCAACAAGCUCUGCUAAUGAAAAGUCUCGAAGUAACUAUUUGGAGGCAUUUGUUACCAGCAAACCAUUUGAGUUAAUGCCUUCGGAUGCUACCAUCUGGAAAGUUGAUAAAAAUAGCUCGAUAAAAUCUAACCAUUGGGAAUCGAAUUCUGCUAAUUAUUUCCCGAGCACUGACAUGGAUAAUGAUGCCGCCUACAGACCUUCUGUGACUGAUGUUCCCUUCACUGCAUCGGAAAUCAAUGAUGAGACCAAGGGAAGCGAUACGACGGAGAUCUCCAUCAAUGUGGAUGAAAGUGUAACCAGCCGGUUUGAAAUCAAUAGCCCUUCCUUGCUUUCGAGGAUUAGAGAGAAUGAUCCUGAGGAAGUGAUGGAAGGUUUAAGGCAGAAAAAAUCAGAGAAUCUGACGAAUCUCGUCCUUGACAAGACAAUAGCCAGUGAAACCUUGGGUGGUUGGAAUAACAAAGAGACAUUGCUACCAAAUAACCAAGUGACUGACGAAAAGCAGCUUCCGGAAGCUAAAUGGAAUUCCGGUACACCGCUGUCAGAAGUUUUGAGCUCCGGCUUGUUGAAUUCGAAGGCAGAGUUGCAAAGUUCGUUACCGCUGAACAAAACUUCGACAGAAGCUUUCAACUUGCGGAGCUUAGGAAUCAAUGCCACUGAAAAGGAAAGUCCUGAUGGACAUUCUUCACACAAUAACGCCUCUGGUGCUUUAAAGACCGAUUUUGAUCUGGGGUAUUAUGAGGAAAACGAAUUCCAAUUGUCUGGCACUUCAAAGGACUCCUUGGUGGAAGCCAAAGGAAAUAGCGAUCUUUUAGUGCUUGAUGAUACCAAAAGGAACUGGACUGUUGGCAGUGAAGGAAAGUCCAGUAAGUUGUUCUUAAAAGUGGGUUCUAAUUUGAAAAAAGGGAAUGAAACUAAUUUUGGUGCUAUGAAGAGCACUCAGACUGCAGCAGAAACAGGGAAAAUAAAGUCAAAUGGAAACCAAAGCCUCAACGCGGUAAAUCAAUGGCCGGUGAAGCACAGUGUUAUCGUCGAGGGUGAUUUGGUCCUGGGGGGCUUAAUGAUGGUCCACGAGAGAGAAGACACUAUCACGUGCGGUCCAGUUAUGCCGCAGGGCGGCGUUCAAGCACUUGAAGCUAUGCUAUUCACAUUGGAUUGGCUCAGCAAACAACAAUUUAUUCCGGGUGUUAAAAUUGGCGCGCACAUUCUCGAUGAUUGUGAUAAGGACACUUAUGGAUUGGAAAUGGCUGUUGAUUUCAUUAAAGUUAUUAUUCUGAUAGAUUGA